GCCAAUUCCUUCUCAGAUGUGAUGUUCAAUAACUCGCUCCUCCUUCGCUCAGUCGACCAUGAUGCCGAAUCAGACUCUGCAGAAACGUUGCCGAGUCCUAGGCAACGGGUGACCUCCGAUCUGUGCCUUCCAUCCAGACUGCCUACUACUGGCUUUUUGCAGCGCGAAGCCGAGCAAGAAGCACCCAAGGCCAUACUCAGGCAACUAAGGCGCAGCCCAACUCCGACCAGCCCUGUGAAUAUUGAAGAAGCUGAAGCACCUGCUUCGCCAACUGAACGACACGACAGCACCUCUUCCGCACCUCCGAGUCCAACUCUUGCUCUCAAUCGAGGCACUUCAUUUGUGCGGGGUAAUCAAUCGGGCUGGAAAGAACCCCAGCCAUUCGAAGUUUUCCGGGCGAUCGAGCGUAAGGACAUCAUGUUUCUCAUGGAAAUAAGAGAUAGAGCUUUCCCGCUGUUACUUCGCAAGACCGGCGAUGCGACACCGCUAUUGCAUGCCAUGCGGAUUGGUACGUCGCAUCGCGAUGUGACCAUUGUCUUGCUUGGAGCCUUCUCUCGCUGGGUUAAUCAUCUGGAAGACAACGAAGUCCGCCUACCCCGUACCAAGGUCAUUCUCAAGGCACUCCGAACCAAUCUCAAGCUCGCCAUUGACUACGGCCUUCAUAGGUCGCAGAGCGAUCUCGUGGCCUCUUUCCUGCAGGCCCUCGUCAUGAGUGAGGGGGACAAGUGGGUGGCAUCACAAGUUUCGUCCGUGAGCCUAUCACUGCGAGCCGGAACGGAAGGCAAACCUGUCGCUACAGCGGGUUCCGCCGUCAGAAAGUUUGCCACACGAGAGCUGAGCAAAGCUGAUGCUAUAGCGGCGACUGAGGACUACAUAGCAAAUGCCACGGCAGAUCUCCUCAUGUUAGCUUCAUGGUCUAUGGCCAUGGAGUUCAUUGAGAGCGAUCCAAUACCGUCUUACUAUUUUGCCCGCGACGACCGUGUCUUCAAAGCAUUCGCUGAUCGACUAGAUACUCACUCAAGCGCUAUCCGCCAGUCCCUGAGCAAACGUCUAAAGUGGCAACUUAGGGUGCUGAGAGCAGUGCUCCAAGGAAGAAAUGCUACCCUUCGGAGUAAAGUGGAGCUUUUGGCCGGGGAGCUGGAUGAAGGAGAGGGGGUCUGACAUCGCUAAUGUUUUUAUUACUUCCAGUUAACUUGAAGCUUGCAACCCUGAGGACUUUUAAGCCUGCGUUGUAUUGGCUGUUGGUGAUCUUUAAGUUCGUAAUUGCUCGUACAAGGUGCCCUCCGGAUACUAGCUCAAAUCCAGAGCUUGUUCUUUCCCUAGUAGUCCUCUCUACUGCCCAUAGGGAAGACUCAUGUAAUAUAUGGUAUGAGAUAUGCCCGAGCCCAUGUACACAUGCACUUGUGUGCUGGUAACACAAUCCAUUGUGAUCCAGUCUCUCUGGAUCAAACCACUAGUUUCAUCCCUGCCCACCAACACCACCCGCCGAUAAGUGCUAGACUCGCCACGGCCCAACUUACGUGCAGCUGCACGACGGUGUAUAACCAAACAGUAGCGAACGAAGGGCAUUGUCUCAUCACAACUAACCAAGAACCUCUGUUUACGAGCCAUACCAUUCUGGGCCCCACCAAAAGGGAGGUGAGAAACAUGGCUGCUUGUACACGUAUGUCAUUCUUGUGUCGGUUUGUAUAGAAUAUGAAGACAAACAAUAUUGGCACAUUAGUCACUAAUCUUUGUAUGUAUUCUCCGAAAGGAGGGCGGUUUGAAUAUUGUUGAUGAACCAAAAUAUCCAUGAGUAGCAAGAAGAAGGCGAAUGGGAUUGUGAGCGUGACCGCUCUGAAUAUUUCUUCGGCCAGAGGUUCGGAUUCAUCUGGCUGAGGUGGCUGGGAAAAGGGUUGUGAAGGUUUCGGAACCUGCUUCAAGAUACCUGACUCUUGCACUAGACGCCACUGCUCAUCUUCUGGGAUUUCAUGGAUAGAGGAAGAGGAAGAGGACUGUGUAGGACCCUUGGCGGAUUUGCGGUUCCU